GUCAGCACGAUACAUAAUUGUGUUGUAAUCUACGCCACAAAGCUAACGACACAGGGGCCGCAGACUACUUGAGGUCUUCUGCACAGUCCUCGUGAUUUAGGCUUCGUUGUUAGGACGGAAGAAGACUUCCUCAGCCGGCGCAUUGGGGGCUGAGCAAUUGCAUCAAGCACAAGACUACCAUAGCCUCGUCUGGCGUUGUCCUGAAGAGCAAAAUGUCGGAGGGAGGACACCUGCAGCAACGCUCCGGAGGAGGAAAGUCCUUAAGUAAGGGCUCGCCUAGUAGUUUAAUAGGCACGCUGAAGAAGCUGCUUCGGAGCGGCAAGGAGGUCUCGGAGAGCGGCCUGCGGAGCUCUUUUGGCGUCGACAGUGGUUGCGACACACCAACUUCGCAGCCUCGAGCACCGUGGGGCACGCAGAGCACCUCACAAUCAGAGCUAGAGGCGACUACCGGCCUUGUAGGCAGCCUGGCACCAGGAAAAGGCGGUCUGGCGAGCCCGACGCUUUCGCCUUUUGGCGGUAGUGGUAUCAAGCGCCUGUUCGAGCCCAAGGUCCGCCACCAGUGCCAUAGUGGUCCGCUUCCUUCCUCCAUAUCGUCGUGUGCGAGCAAGCCCAUCAGCAUAGCCAACAAGGCACUGGCUCACUCCAUCUCAGACCCUUGUGACAACCCAAGCACGUCGUCCGUCGGGUUUGACUCGUCGGGUUCCAACGCGGCAUGGGCGAUUCCGGCUGCGCCACGGUCUGCGGCAUCCAUAGUGGUAGGCUCCCCGCCGCCUGUCCUGCGCGAUGGUGCGCGGUUUGAGACACGCUCCGAGGCGGCUCUUCCGUCGCUGGCAGAGCUCGCAAGCCACGCGCGGAUGCACACCGCGGACGCCCUACAUGCGGCCGCCGCGAUCUCCGCCUCAGGCCAGGACUCGAGCAGCAAGACCAAACUGCCUUCCGUGGACUUACGGAACGGCCGCACUUUCGCUCCGUCGCCGAUCUCGGUCUCGGCCCUCAGCACGGGCACUCAAGAGCCGCUCUCGCCGGUGGAGCCCACGCCGCGCAGCAGCGGCAGCGGCACUUGUGCGACAACCGGCGGCGGCCCCAGCAUGCUACUGGCCAUGUGCCCGGGCGCGCCGACCGCUAUGCGGCGCAAGACCUGGUGCCUGGAGGACUACGACGUUUCGCGCCGCAUCUACAAGGGCUCUACAUCGGCUGUGUACAAGGCGGUGUGCCGGCGUUCGGGGAUGCCGGUGGCUCUCAAGGUCUACUUCCUGUCGCGCGUGCCGGCCAACGUGGUGCACAUGAUUGUCCGCGAGAUCAAGAUUCAUGCGGACCUGGUGCACAGGAACAUCGUGAUGCUGUACGGCGCAUUCUCCGAUGAGCGGCGGCUGGUGCUGGUGCAGGAGUACGCGGCGCGCGGUGACCUGUACGGCAUCCACCGCGCCAUGAAUCGGCGCAUGACCGAGCAGCAGCUGACCGAGCUGGUGUUGGUGCCGUUCGUGGACGCGCUUUCUUACCUGCAUGCGCGCGGCAUCUGCCACCGAGACAUCAAGCCCGAGAACAUCCUGUUCACCACUGACUGGCGUCUGGUGAUCGCGGACUUCGGCGUCUCCAUUAACCUCAACCAGGAGCGCGCGGUGACGCGUGCUGGCACACUGGAGUACAUGGCUCCGGAGGUGGAGCGCUGCCCGCUCAAGAUGCUUCCGGAGGAGAACAAGGACAAGGCCAGCCUCGCCUACGGCACUGCCGUGGACAUCUGGGCCACCGGUGUCCUGGCCUACGAGCUUCUGGUGGGCUUCCCGCCCUUCGUCACCGACAACGCCACGCACCCAGGAAACGAGAACAUGUUCCUCGCCAAGCAUGCCAACAGCAAGACGCUGAGCUUCCCGGUUUCCACGUCGCCGGGCGCGCGCGAGUUCAUCAGCUGGGCGCUGGCUGACGACCCCGAAGAGCGGCCCACCGCGCUGCAGAUGAAAAACCACCCUUGGCUGGCCGCGGCGGCCGCCGCUGCAGCGGCGGCUUUGGCGGCGGUGCGGGAGCAGCAGGCGGCGGCAGCUGCAGCGGCGGCGGCGCAGAGCCCCACAGCUCGCCGCAGCAGCAGCAACCUGGCCGCUAUAUCCUCCACGCCGCUGACGCCGUCGCGCCUUGGCAGCUCUUUGCUGGUCUCGCCGGUGGGGUCCAUGGCGGCCGCGCAGCCUGUGGGCGUGCUUUCCCGCUGAGCGAUACAGUUGCAUUAACAGCUUGCCCCGCUGGCUUGGGGCCACGGCAGAACCAUGUGACCUCUACCAGCACCCUUAGCAAAGAACAAAGGCGAUUCUCGUGCCGGGGCCGUUGCCCUUCAUCAUGACUACAGCGCGCCACACAUGCGGUGUGCGCCUGGAAGCGUUGCGGUAUAAGUGUCCGGCUGCACAAGCCGACGUUCAUACGGAGUACAGAGAGCGAGUAAGUUAGGGCGGCAUGUCGGGUCGUCAUCACGCCACUUUCUUAGCUGUGUUGUGCGGAACGAUCCUGGGGUGGGAAAGUCAAUGCCAGGUUUAUAACCAAUGCACGUUACAAGUCCCAUAUUUAAGUAAGCAGCGUGACUUGCUGGGUUUAGCUUUCCCAAGGAGCGGCUCGCAUGCCGUCGUUACGGUAUAUCGGGGCGCCUGUGUGGCGGCGGUAGCACAUUGAAUGAGUGUAUGAAACAGUUGCAAUUGCGGUUGGCAGUCCUGCUGGGCAGACAGAUGUGGUGGUAGAUGCGUACCGCACUUCGCGUGGCAGCCUGUGCGGGUAGUCAUGGAUGCGGGAGUGUAGGCAGGGCGGUGCGCGGGAAAGGUCGGGUGGGAAGGUCGGGGGAAAGGUCGGGUGGGAUAGUGGUCGCACUUGACGAAGUGAUCGCGUGGCACAUGCGGCGCAUCACACGGUGCGUGUCAGGGCUAUGCAAAGUAGGCACUACAGCGGCUGGGUUAUUGAAUGCUGCAAAGGCCGCAGCAUUGAAGGCCGAAGAGGCAAUGGUGAAACCUCAUCCCUUUUAUACCAUCCAUGUUUACUUUGAUGGCCUAGUAUUUGUUUGUGCUGGUCUCGCUACACCAGGAAACCUGUCGGUUGUGGCUGAGGCUCCUGGUGGCAAAGCUGAGUCAUGGAUCUGCAAGGAGGCAGCUGCGUAAUCGGACAUGCCGAUUCACGUGCCGAUGAGAAGAGCUAUGCUGGUAUUGGUGGUGUGGGAAUGUGUGUGUAGGUUCUCGUGGUGGUUUGUUGGGGUUUGUCCAUUGUUAGCUGGCAGCUGCUGCGUGCCGUUACUGCCCACAGCAUGUGGGCCGGCCAUGCAGAUGUGGCGUGUGCUUUCGUCUGGGUUGAUGGUUGUUGCCAGGGCGACAACAUGUGUCGCGCUGAGCGGGAGGUACGGUAUUCGUUGUUUUGCUCUGUGUUGACAUACGGGGCCGUGCAGCAACGGCUAGGGACGCAAGACUCAUUGGUAAAAAAAAGGGUGGAUUUGUAUUUGUUCUUUGCAUUUCAAACUGUUGAGCUUCUGGCAUAGACUUUACUAGCGUCUUGCAAACCUCGCAAGAGAAGGUCAAGUGCCGAAUCGUCCCGGCGCAUUGUGGGCGACGGCGGCGGCCUUACCAAAGCCCAGAGCGGGCGGCAUAGUUGCGACUCGGAAGGGCGGCUGUACAUUGUGGUUGUGGUGUGGUGGUAGUGUGGUCAGGUGGUGUGGUGGGCCUAGAUCGUAACUGUUGCUCGUAGUUACCGUUGUUGGGUUUCGCACCGGCAAUACCAACCUCGGUUGAUUUGCUACGAGGUGCACGGUGCCCAUGGUGUCUACAGGCGGCUGGUGAUGGGCAAAGGUCUUCAACAAGGCAUUUCAUAUUGUUACCUAAUAAGCAUAUUGUUACCUAAUAAGCAUAUUGUUACCUAAUAAGCAGUGGAAAUGCGGGGGGUGGCGCGUUGCGCGUCCGAGCUUGGUCGAGGGCGUUCGUGCAUGUCUUGAGUGCAUGCAAGGUUUAAUGCGGUAAGUUCUCGCAGGUGCAUUGUAUAGUGUUUCAACGGUGCGAGACACGACGUAGCUCAACCGAUGUCCCGUGCGCAUGUUUCCGCCCGCAUAUUGGCAUCCGUUAGUCGCUUUACAGCGUCACACGCAUGCGUGGGGAGAGCCGAGCUGAUGUUGGGGACGGACGUUUUGAUGGCCCCUGUGACAGUGUCAGUUCGCAGGCGGCUUCAGAUUGUAUGUUCGCGGGGGGUCCGAGCGAGCUCCCUUUUGAGCGGGACAAACGUGUAUUGCCAACUGCAUUCAUGCCCGCGGGAAAGCCAUUAAUUGUACUACACGGAGAGACUAAAGGCCCGGGAAGUAGCUGUGGCUGUCGGCAGAUCGCGCCAGGGAGUGUCAGGAAGUGUGUUGUCGAGGCGGAUGUACGCGCUCCUUGUAUGGCAUUAACCCUGGCGAUCGGUUCUGUUGGUCGCCGGUUAAACAGAACUUGUGCGUAUGACAUCCAAUAAACGCAUGACAUGUAACAUUAAGUCUGG